GUAUGUUACAAAAAUAAACAAUUCCAAUAUGUCAUUGCCUUUCUUGCAUAUAUAAUAUAAAUAUAUGUUCUGUUUUUUAACUUUUAUUUUUUUCGAAGUUGUGUAUAGUAUCCUUGCUUUAUAUGAUAGGUGUUUUUAAGUUUCUUUUCAUCUUCUUUUUGUUUGACAAUUCUAAAACAAAGCAAGUCAAAAGCAAUACUUUUUCUUUGAUUAAGAUUUUUAGUUCAUACAAGCACUUGAAAUUUUGGAAACCAAAUUAUUUUAAAGACAUUAAUUACAUUGCCAAUAUUAGAGUAUUGAGAUUAUUAACCAGAAUCCAAAUUAAUUUCAAAAAUAUGCGAGUAGAAUUAACGGAUUUUUUAUUUUUCUAUGAUCCUUGAUAUACUUACUGGGAAUUUGGCAUAUAUGUAUUACAUAUAUGCGAAACAAUGUCUUGAUUAAUAGAAAUAGAAGAAGAAUUAUCUCUACGUUGGUUACGAAUGUUUUGUUUAAAUAACACUUGUUAAUCAGUUUGAUAAAAUCAAGACAAUGGAUACGAUGCAAAGAAUCUUCAAGAAUGAAAUCGAUAUUCAGAAUGAUUGGAAUAUACAUGUCGAACGAGAAAUGAAUGACGAAGCGCCGAAGAUGGUUUUUCAAAAUAUGAAUACUCAUAGUAUUAAACAAGAAAUAAAUGAUAAUACAGUUGAUAUGUUAGGAGAAUCUUUUAUUGCAACUAAAUCAGAAAAAGACAGUUUUCAUGAAGUUCAUAUACCAAAUAUUCAAAACAAAUUCAACUAUCCUGGAAAACGAAUUAAAUCAAAAGGAUUGCUAAAAAAUGGAAAAUAUUUGAAUGUAAAUAUUAUUGCGGGGAUUAAGAUCUGUGGAUUGUGUGGAAAUUUAUACACGAAACAGAUGGAAUUGCUUAGGCACAUUUGUACGAAUCAUUUUGCGAAGCGAUGUAAAACGAAAAAUGAAAGUUUUAAAAAAAGACAAUUAAUUGAUCCCGCCAGAAAAUUUGAUGAAAACGUCAAGAACGAAAUUGAAAUAGUCGAACAUAAUUUGAAAACGGAGUCGCAAGAUAUUAGAUUCGUCGAUAACUCAGAGUUGGAUAUAAAAAACGGUGGAAAUUUGAAUAGAAAAGGAAGAAAAUCGUUCGAGUGUCACAUUUGCCUGAAAGCCUUUUCAAAGAAAACUGAUUUAGGCAAACAUUCGCGUGUCCACACAGGAGAGAAGCCAUUCAAAUGCGACAUUUGCUUCAAAAUGUUUACGCAGAAGGGCAAUUUGAAGAUACACAUACUUAAACACUCGGGAGAAAAACCGUUCAAAUGCGAUGUUUGUUUGAAAAGUUUCCUUCUGAAAACCGGUUUAAACGUGCACAUGCGCAGCCAUACGAAAGAGAAGCCGUUCAAGUGCGACAUCUGCUUGAAAACUUAUUCGCAGAGAUGCGGCGUGCAAAGACAUUUGCUCAGCCACACGGGGGAGAAUCCUUACAAGUGCGACAUUUGUUUCAAGACUUUUCCGCAAAAAUUUUGUUUGAAUAGACAUUCUCGAGUUCACACAAAAGAAAAACCAUUUCAGUGCGAGAUUUGCUCGAAGCAUUUUACGGACAAAUCUAGUUUGAAGAAACAUUUGAUCAAUCACAACGAAGAGAAACCGUUCAAGUGUGAAAUUUGUUCGAAAGAUUAUUCAACUCGAUGUUAUUUCAACAUACACAUGCGCAGCCACACGGGGGAGAAACCGUUCAAGUGCGACGUUUGUUUCAAAUCCUAUACGCAGAAUUAUAAUUUGAAAAGACACGUUCUUAGUCACGCGGGGGAGGAGUCGUAUAAAUGCGAAGUUUGUUCCAAGACUUUUCUGCAAAAAUUUUGUUUCAAUAAACAUUUUCGAAUUCACACGAAAGAAAAACCAUUUAAAUGCGAUGUUUGCUCGAAACCUUUCUCAUAUAAAAGAAAUUUGAAUAAACAUUUACAAAGUCACACAGAAAUAACAACCAUUUAAACAAAUUAUUUUUCAACCCCUUCCCCCAGUCUUUUUACCUACCUAAAAACCACUGUACCACUUCAAGCGAAAUUAAUUAUUGUGAGCUACAUUAGCAGAGAUUAAAUAUUCAUUCUAAACGAGACUUUUAUUACAACCCGCCUUGACAACCGGAAAAAGACGGGAGUUUUUAUUGAACCAACCACGUAUCAAUCGAAACAAUAUGAACCUCCCU